AUGGCUAUGGAAGUUGAAGUAUUACAAAAUGAUUUUGAUGAUGCGCCACUGGAUGAUGUUGUUGAGGUGAAAAGCUUGAGUCCUGAUCCGGCAAUGAGGCGUAGGAGACCACGAUAUAAAGUGAUAUGUGCAGGAGAACAGCCCAAAGAAGUCAAUGAACGUUUGCUGCAGCUUUAUCCUUUUGUAGACCAAAAGAAAACACCGUUACCAGCACAUUGGAGCCAUCAGGAUAAAGCGGCAUCAUUGGUUGUUACAAAUGAUUACCGGAACGUUGCUUAUGCUGAUAGUGGGGAUCCCAAUCAGGAGUUGAAUGCAAAGGAUGCUGCAGCGGUGCGCGCCGAUCAUCCAAUCCCGAUAACAUGUGGUGUGUACUACUUCGAAGUAACGAUAGUGUGUAGCGGAGCUGAAUGUUGUAUGGGUGUUGGAUUAUGUGAACGAAAUGUCGAUCUGAAUAGAUUGCCAGGCUGGGACAGAGCAUCAUACGGUUAUCAUGGUGACGAUGGCAAUUUCUUUUGCUCAUCAGGCACUGGACAUGCAUAUGGACCCACAUUUAAGAUGAACGAUGUUAUUGGUUGUGGUGUAGACUUCGUUAGAAAAUCAAUAUUUUUCACAAAAAAUGGUCGACACUUGGGUAUUGCUAUAAUGGAAGUUGAAAAUGUUGUUGAUUUGUAUCCAAUGAUUGGUCUUCAAAAACAUGGUGCGAUUGCAGAUUCGAACUUUGGUCAAUAUCCUUUCAAGUACGAUAUCGAACAAGAAUUCAAGGAUGCGCGCAAUUAUACAUAUGAACAAAUAUGCCAGGUUGUGCUGCCACAAGCAAAAACGGGUUGGAUGGAUCGCGCAAUAUCUUCGUGGUUAUUACAUGAAGGAUAUGGAAGAGCAUUGGCUGCUUUCAAGAAACAUGCUGAUCAGAAUCUGGACGAAACUGGUGACGUACAAAUGGAGAGAGGAGAAGAGGAAUCAAGUGAUAUGUUAGAAAGACGUCGAGUAUAUCCAUUUACAGAAUUGAAACAAAUGAUUUUGGAUGGUGAAGUCGGCAAAGCAAUCGAUCGUGCACGAGCUUUAUGCCCGGAUUUGCUGGAGCAGAAUAAAGAAUUAGCAUUACUAUUGAAUUGUCAGUAUUACGUGGAGAUUUAUGCUAAAGCAAAUAAUAUCAUAAUUUCUUCCGUGUCUUCGCUUGAUUCGGCUAGUAAGUUAUCCCCAAAGGAAGGAAUUUGUUCAGCACAAAGUAGUCUUUCAACAAUCUCAGGAGGUGAUUCGUAUGCUCAAGUGUAUAGUAGAAAAGGGCAUCCAUUUACAAUUACUGCCAGUAAUGAAAAUCUGGGUACGGUUAAUCCGUUCAAACGACGCAACGAUGAGUGGGAACCUUUCAUAUGUGUUACUCGUCGGUCACGUACGGGAAAUGAGGGAGGACAAGCAAAUUGCAGCCGACUUGCUCCUGCACAAGCAAGUAGCAGUGUUAUUCGCAAUGUGUCAGCUGAUGAAUUAGUCGAUGAUAAAACUGGAAGUGACCAUUCUUCGUCAUCGAAUGGAGCAGUUCACACAUCCAAUGGAAGUGCCACAACAAGUAAUGGUACUGUAUCAAACGGCGUAUCUCAACCGGUUACAUCAGCAACCACUAUCAUUGAUGAAGAUCAAGAUCCAUCUUGUGGUGACACACAUGAAGAUGUUAUUGGUGGUGCCGAACGAACAUUUACUUCAUGUCCAGGUUGGACGGGUGGCGAUCUAAAAGAUAUGAUGCAAUAUGAAGAGAUAGAAAGACUCCUCAAACUAGGUCGAGAAAUCAAUUCUUUGUGCCAAGAAAUAGUAAAUCCACCAGAAGAUCUGGUUCGCCGGAUGCACGAUAUUCUUGCUUUGAUAUGUCACACAAAACCUUUGGAUACAUCACUUCGCUAUUUGCUUGAACAAGUACAACGUGUGCAAGCAGCUAACGGAUUAAAUAGCGCCUUACGAGAGCACAUGGGUUUUCCGAAAGAAUCGUUACUUUCAAUGCAUUUUCGUACUGCGCGGAAACUUCGUAGCGACUUAUCGGCAAUGCAGCUUGGUGUUGCCGUGUUUGCAGAUGUGGAUAAGCUGGUCGUCCAGAAUAUGGAAUUUUAA